GAGCCGUCUGCUCUGAUGCCGAAUUGCAGUUCAUGGAUCAUGACAGCGACAGGCCCCAUUGCGGCAUCGGACGCGAGGAGAGUGCCAGGAGCUUCCCUCUCUGAGAGUGGGUAUGUUCGGAGUUGAUGCGCAUAUUCAUCGGGUCGUGAGAUGUGGUCUGAAGUAGUCUUACCGAAAUCCUAUUUCGGUCAGUGCAUCAAAGCUGGCGACAUCGUACGCCCUUCUUGAUUUCACAGCGCAAGGGUCAGAUGCUGUGCUCAUCGAAGGGACAAACAGGUGUUAGAAUCAAAGUGAUCGUCCUCGGUCUCAGCCACAGCCACAUAUCACCAAGAGCAGCUCAGCUGUUCACUGCUUCUGCAGAAGCCACUGAUUCGCUUCGUUCGAUAACAGCUGGGUGCGAUGCAGAAUCAUUUGAUACUUUCGGAUGGGCAAAGGUCGAGACAAAGAUGAGAACUGUGCUAAAUACAAGGCCGCUCUGGUGAUAUUCAGAUAUUUAUUCACUCCGGUAGAGGAGUGAAUAAACAUGAUGCGCUGUCUACCGACGAAGUGAAGGCGGCAUAUUUCUUUCGUGCUUAGUUUCGCAUCAGAACGAAAUUUCAGAUCUGAUUCGAAAUUCGGUUCCUCCUGCACAUUACGCGAAGAGCAUGUAAGACUUACUCCGGCUCGGACGACGCGUUCCCCGUCAUCUGUUCACCAAUACAGCAUGUACAAGGCACAGUCAACUGGAUCCAACUCAACUCACACUAACAUCCACCUCGAUCACGGCCAAGUUUGCCAUCCCCAUCCAAAAUGGUUGCCGUAGGUAAUAAAAUCAAACCUAUCGGUGACCCACUGCGUGAGAGGUACUAGCUCCCUUUUCAAAUAGACAUGCCGCUGAAAACCACCCACUGCGUCUGCUACUGCUGCGGCAGCAGAAUGUCAAGGUGGCCACCAUGAAUAUGGGCAGUGAUCAAGUAUACAUAGUAUCCCGAAGGCAGUUCCUGUCGGAAGAACGAGCAAACUCAAGGUGACAACCUCGGCCAGGACUGAGGUCGAAUGCUGACGUUGUAAUCAGUAUAGUACACUAUUUUAUGAGUUCAGAAUGGUACAGCAAUGAUUCUUUAAGAGGGAUCUGCAUGGGCUGUCCGGUAUUGGGCAUCGAGAAUAUGAUGACACCGUUACUACACGGCGAUCCGUUACAAAGGUCGACGAUCAACCUCCUCAAUGUUUACGUCUGUGGUGCGCAUCUGAUGCAAGAGGGAGGUGCAGGAGCCAGGACCGGCCCGAUCACAGACGUCGGGUUCCUGGCUGAUUACAACAAGCAGAUCUGGCGCUUUUGGUCUACAUCUACAAUCGAGGCUUUAGCAGAUGGACCGCUGAGGCCUUCACAGACUGCACGUUCAGCACGUUCAACCACAUGAGAGGGUGAUUUCUGCUGGAGUACACCUACGCCAAGCCACAGAUUUCGCAUGUUAUAUCGAACUUCUACUUACACAGGAGCUGUGUUACACCUGGAAAUUUCGUGCAUGAUUUUUACGUUACGACUCAGCAAGUUGCAAUAGCAGUGAAGCAUAUCGAAAUGCAGCCAGGGAGACUCGAAGGCAAUAAGAGACACCCAAAACCCUCUAAAGGUUCAGCACGCAGCGAAUAGGUGCUACACUGCAAAGGAACCAUGAGUAUCAGUUCCUGCACUAAGUCUUCAUGAGAAUCAUUCUCUAUACCAUGGCCAUAAUGUGUCAUCCUCUCAGAUAGGCAUCGGUUGUGGAGACGGAAAGUGGUCGCAAAUUGGGCUCAGUGUCACCGUGGCACGAUGCGCCUGUCAGUAAAUGAAUGCAGCAGCUGCAUACCAAACGAGAGCAUGACACUCAAGUGUUGUGAGAGACAUCCUUACCACUUGCCACGGGAUCUCGCGUCGCUUCGCAGGCAAUGAAGCGUCUUCGGGAUUUUCUCUUGGAAAAUUCACCACAGGCAAACGACGCAUUUCCUCAAACGGGAGCUGCAAGAUAGAUGCAAAAUUUCCUUCACGGCCACAUGAUACACAAGACAAGUGGACACGCACUUGUCUCCCUAGUGUAGGUUAGGCUGUGCGAGACCAAUGCCGAAAACUGGGAAGAAUCAGCAGACUGAGCUCUUGAUCCCUCGAGCGCCACGUGAAGUGAAUCAGAUGUUGACCUUCCAAGAAGGCUGUGGUUUCUUGGUGUGGACUUCAGAAGAUUUGGGCUACAAAAUGGCAGUCCUACUAUGGGGCUUGAGUGAGGGAGGUGACAAACCUGAAGUCGUGGUCGUAAAUUCCUCACUCGUGCGGACAGCACCAUUGGUACUCAAUUGGAGAAAUCGGAUAUGGCAGGCCAUUCCUGUAGAAACCACUUGGCAACCUCUGUGUACUUUCCACUUCAGUAUGAUGGUUGUUGGAGAGCGCUUCUAGUCAACAAUGGCAGAAUUGAUUGGGUCACAAAGGUCCGAGUGCAGUCCUACUACCUAGCUCCAAAUAUAUAGGACAAAACCAAACUCGUGCCUUUGUUUUUACUCAUUGGACGGCAGCUAGCAGCUAUCGCGAUAAAAAUUAUCCUCUAAAAGUGUGCGUGCUCGGAGAAGAGCCAGCAGAUUAUGAACUAAGGUGCUGGACUUGAUUUGAGGCGCCGACAGAGAUGCAGGAACAGAGUUAGACUGAUUCUUGGCCAUGAGAAGAUGGACCUGCUGGGUUCGAGACUUCAGAUACCUACACCGACCGUCUGGCAUGUAAUGUCGAUGGAUCUCAGGAGAUGUCGAAGCGGCGGAAGCAACCAACUCUCAACAUGGGGCCAAUCCCAAACACAGGCCCAUCAAUCCACGAAGCGCGCCUCGAUGACUACCGCCUCGGUGAGAGGUUAUGGAGUUCCGUGCUCAACUCUCUCAGAGUGCGAGCACAGUUUAGGGCACAAUCCUGAGCUCCAUAAACAAUCAGAUGAGGACAGCAGGCAGCGAACUCUCGGAAUUUGAGGCUUGUGUUCGGGAUUGGCCCCCAGUUGUGAGCCGACGUGGGAUCGCUCUCUGGUGCGAAACCAAUCUCGGUCCGAAUGCUCCUCCAAUUCGCAGGCCCUGCGAGUGUGCCUCGCAGUCAUGUGGGAGAGCGCAUGAGCACCUAGGGCCCUCGGGAUCUUAGCUUACAGCCCCGUAGUGUGCAAGAGGCCCUCUUCAUUCGCCGUCCCGGCCGAGAAGGCUGAAGUUUGAAUGAGGGAUCGGUGCAAUCUAGGCGCGCUAUACGACUGCCUAAAUAGCCAUCCUGCUGCACGGGUUCAAGUUCCUGAUGCGGUCGGUUCUAGCACCCGUAUUGAAGAUUCGAUGUUGAGUGCACAUCCUGCCACCGAGUUGGAGUGACCAGUGGGGUCUGUUGGAACACAUUCCGGGAGCAGCUUUUUUGCAAGGGGGAAUGCAACCUUGGCAAGAGUCCAUACUCAGCAGCUUUCCGGCCAUUCGCAUUUAAUGAGCCUGGAAGUCAGAAAGUCAACAGUUUCUGACUUGCACAGUUCCACAACCCCUGCAUUGCAUUCUGUCUCUUCACAUAGUUAAGUUUUUCUAGACAAUUCACUUUUCACAUGCCUUUUUCUAUGGAAGUUUACUGUCAGAGGGGUCAGGUAGGGUCAGCUGCGUGAACAAAGACACGACCACUCCUUUUGGCCCUGACAUCGUGACCAAUUCCAACUCCUUGUGACUCCCUUGUCUACUCAGUAGUUCCCUGCAGUACCAACGACCUACCGUUACCUCACUGUGACUGCGCUCGGUAGGCAAAUUGAGCCCGAAUUGACCUGGUGAUUGGAUGCCUCGCCAUGCCGUCCCAUCUCCCAUCGUUUUGUUUGCCUUUGUUUUGCAUUUUUUAUAAUCCCGGUGGCCCCUGGCUCACGAUUGGACGUUCCUUGACACACGAAGCAACAUGGUGUACUUCGAGCGUCGUUCGGAGCCGAGAUGCAGGAAACUACUCCUAGGUUGACCUGAACUGCGAGCAGGAGCAGGAGGAAGAAUGGAAUGGAUGGCGGAAUCAGUCGUUCCACUGGAAGUCUGAACUCCUGAGGUCCGAAUCUUGUCUUGUCUUCACGUUAAGCAAAUUUCCAUGGCCGCCUUGUUCGUCUUGACUCUUUCUGUAACUUUUGCGACUCCAAGUCAAGAUAGUGCUUUUCGUUUUGCAGCAGCGGCCGUGGAAUCGAAUCGAAUCAGUCUUUCACCCAAG